GUCUCUAUAAAAUAAGGAGUCCAAAAACCCAAUUCGCACGGCACAAUCGAAGUAUCUUACUCUCUAGUUUCUAGUUACUGCUUCCCUGCACAACCUUCUAAACCCAGAUCCAACAUUCACUCACUUAUUUCCCUAUCUACGUUUAUCUAUUCACUCUUUGUGAAAAUGUCAAAAAGCAUAUGCAAUCUCAAACUUUCUCUACAGUAUCUCCUUUUGAUGACCACUUUACUGUUGUUUAAAGUAGAUUCAAGAACGCACCCUGGAGACAUACGAGUGCUCAAGGAUCUAAAACAUGGGCUGCACCCCGAGUCCAUAGCUCCUGGAUCUUGCUUGAGCUCGUGGGACUUCUCAGUGGAUCCAUGCGACCAUAUCUUCAGUGACAGAUUCACUUGUGGGUUCAGGUGUGACUGGUUUGCUUCUGGUUUCUUCCGAGUCACUGAGAUCACUCUUGAUCCAGUGGGCUACUCUGGUUUACUCUCUUCAACCACCUGGAAUCUGCCUUACUUGCAAACUCUUGAUGUAUCAGAUAACUCCUUCUAUGGCUCAAUCCCAGACUCACUUUCCAACCUCACUCGGCUCCGUCGACUGAGUCUCUCAAUGAACUUGCUUUCUGGCAAAAUGCCCGUCUCUCUCGUGUCUCUAGCCCACCUCGAAGAGCUUUAUCUUGAUAACAACAGUCUCCAUGGAUCGAUACCAUCAAACUUCAACUCACUUGUAAGCUUAAAAAGGCUUGAAAUCCAAGAAAACAAUCUCUCUGGCGAGUUUCCUGAUCUGGGUGCUCUCAAAGACCUGAAUUAUCUGGAUGCUAGUGAUAACCAAAUAUCUGGUGAAGUUCCCUCAACACUACCGGUGUCUCUUGUUGAGCUAUCUAUGCGAAACAACAACUUACGAGGAAAGCUACCUGUUAGUGUAGGCGAUUUGGAGUUCUUACAGGUCUUGGAUCUUAGUCACAACAAGUUAUCCGGUCCUAUUUCAUCAGUUCUUUUUGACCAUCCUUCUCUUCAACAACUUACCCUUUCCCAUAAUAAUUUCACGUUCCUGCAAGUUCCAGGUACAGUGGGUCUAACUAGCAAGUUAAUAGCUCUUGAUUCGAGCUACAAUGAUCUUAGAGGCAUAUUACCAGGUUUUUUGUGUUCUAUGCCGAAGUUGUCAUCUUUGUCUCUAGAGAAUAACAAGUUUACAGGAAUGAUACCAUCCCAGUAUGCUUUGAAAGUGGCUGUUCCUAGGGGCAAUUCGUCCUCGUUGGAGAGGCUAUUAUUAGGUGGGAACUACUUGUUUGGUCCAAUUCCAAGUGUUCUGAUGGGUUUAAAACCGGGUUCUGCUAAUGUGAGUUUGGUGGAUAAUUGUUUGUAUAGGUGUCCUGAUACCUUCUUCUUUUGUCAAGGUGGGAAUCAGAAGUCAUUAGUGGACUGUAAGAAGAGAUUUGAUACCGUGAUCCCUUGGAUUAGAACCACAAACUAACCAGAUUUGUAUGAUAAUACAAUAUUUUCCUUUAAA